CUACCAGUCUUCCUUCCUUCCACCUUCUUUCUCACCGCCCAUUCUUCUCCCUCCAUGGACUCCUAUUAAUACUAGUUAAUAACUCCCCUCGAUUCAACACUCAAUUCCUCCACUUGCUUUAAUAUUCGAUAUACUUGUUAGCUAUAAUCGUGGAAAAACUUGUGGCGCUUUGAGCUUGUCUUAUUUUUCAAAUCCUAAUGGCUGACUCGGGUCACUCUUCAGAUGAUUCUUCUGUGGAUUCCAGAGAUGCAAAUGGUAGUCAAGAUUCCAAGCUUGAAUUCUCUGAAGAUGAGGAAACCCUUAUUACAAGGAUGUUUAACCUGGUUGGUGAGAGGUGGUCUCUGAUUGCUGGGAGAAUUCCAGGAAGAACAGCUGAGGAAAUUGAGAAGUACUGGACUUCAAGAUACUCGACAAGUGAAUGAAAGGCCAAGAUUGUGGAUGGUGUUUUCUCCUUUAGAGCAGGAAAAUUUUGGGGUGGGGGGUUGUAGUGAAGCUUGUUUAUGUCGAAUAUGUCAGUUUCCUUUCCUGAAAGGCACAAAAUGUGUCCUGGGUUCUUACUGAAUGGGGGGCAGUGUUAUUACUUCAAAGCAAGUAAAUGUACAAUGGGUUUUUCUUAUUGGUAUGGUGAUGAAUGUGUGUAAUUGAAAUAUAAUUUUCUAUUA